AUGUUACGCGGCAACGAUGAAUGUGCAGCCAUCACCUGGAUCUACGGCUUUUAUGAUGGGUGCAAGCGUCGAUACAACAAGAUUUGGAAGCAUUGUGUCGAUGCCUUCAACGGGCUCCCCCUCUGUGCGGUGAUCGAUGACAAGAUCUUCUGCUUGCACGGUGGGCUCUCCCCGGAGAUGCAGACACUAGACCAGGUGAAGAGCAUAGGAGGUCCUUUGGACGUGCCAGAUUGCGGAUUGAUGUGCGAUUUCUUGUGGGCGGAUCCUGAAAGCGAGAUAAAUGGUUGGGAAGACAACGACCGCGGUGUAUCCUACACGUUUGGACCCGACACGGUGGAGGGUUUCCUCAAGAAGAUCGAUUUCGACGUGGCAGUUCGUGCACUCUUUGCAGGUAGGAGAUUCAUUACUUUGUUCUCCGCGCCGAACUACUGCGGCGAGUUCGACAAUUCUGGCGCCAUGAUGACAGUGGACAGCAAACUGAUGAUAUCAUUCCAGGUCCUCAAGCUGGUCAAGGGGAAGAGGUGA